CUCCUUUCUCAGACAUCUGAACAAUGAACACGCUCUGGAUGACCGCAGUACAGCCCAAUGCAGGGUAGCAGAUGCAGGUGGUCCAACAGCUGGAGAUACAGCUGGCCAAGGAGAGUGAGCGGCUGCAGGCCAUGAUGACCCACCUGCACAUGCGCCCAUCGGAGCCAAAGCCUUUCAACCAACCUCUGAACCUGGCGUCCAGUGGCUCCCUGCUGAAGAGGGAGAGCGAGGUGUACCCCGAGGGUCUACCUCACCCCCCCACCUCCGCCACCGCCCCCAUCACCCCGCUCCGCCAGGGCCCCUCUGUCAUCAGCUCCUCCAGCCUGCACUCACACUCACACCCGCACGGCGUGGGACCCAUACGCAGGCGCAUCGCAGACAAGUUCUGCACCCCCAUCGCCUCAGGUAUACGAGAGGAGCUGGCACAGAACUGUGAGUUCUAUAAGAACGCUGAUGUCAGACCUCCCUUCACCUACGCCUCUCUCAUACGCCACGCCAUUCUGGAGGCUCCGGACAGGCAGCUGACUCUUAAUGAGAUCUAUAACUGGUUUACACGAAUGUUUGCCUACUUCAGGAGAAACACAGCCACAUGGAAGAAUGCUGUGCGCCACAACCUGAGUCUGCAUAAGUGUUUUGUGAGGGUGGAGAACGUGAAGGGGGCCGUGUGGACAGUGGAUGAAGUGGAAUACCAAAAGAGAAGACCACCAAAGAUGACCGGGAGUCCUACUCUGGUGAAGAAUAUGAUUUCAGGCCUGGGCUUCGGUUCCCUAAACGCCAGCUACCAGGCGGCCCUUGCAGAGAGCAGUUUAACUCUACUGAACAGCCAGGGCCUGGUUAACCCCUCAUCUGCCGCCAGCCUCAACAUGCUGCAUGGGAUGGGUCAUGAUGAUGUCAGCUCCACUGUGGAACAGGUCAACAGCAACGGCAGCUGCAGCCCUACACUCAGCCCACAGCAGUAUGGACACCAGGUCCAUGUGAAGGAGGAGCCCACUGAGAUCGAGGAGGACAGCCGCUCCAUGUCGCUCAUGGCAACUGUCACUCAGAACAUGGCAUUGCCUAGCGAUCGCGAUGACCGCGAUUUGGAUGAUGAUCUUCCCACCGAGGAGCUGGAGUAGGAUUGGAUGAGCUGAACCAGUGGACGGGACUUUGAGGUUUAAUCCCGCCCGCUCCAUUGGAGUGAAGCGAAAUGAUGACCACGUAAAAAAACAAGAUAGAGAUAAAAAAGAAGAGAUAAAGAUCAUGAUUUUUAUAAAGCAAGAAACCAACAACAUUGACAAACAGGGUUAGACCUCCAUUACAUACUGACGCAAAAAUAACACUCUGGAGCAUUGCUUUAUUCCCACACAUUUUCACCCACCUCACCCCCUCCUCCUCACCCCCUCCACCCUCACCCAAUGAGCAGCGUAUUGUCAGAGAGACAGCUCUCAGUGGUGAUAUGGAGGGAGGGUCCCCUCUCCUCUCUCCUCUCCCUGUUGAUUUACACAGAUGGACUGCCCGCCCUACAGUCCUUUAGUGCUGGUAGUUUGAUGUUCACACCACUACAAUAUACAUACAGGUGUGUGAGAGAGAGUGUGGAGAGACACACACAUCAGAUCAUGUGUAUAUAUUGUUUGGAACAGUCACCAGGAGGUGUAUAACUCUCCUCCUCUUCUCCGGUCAUGUUAGUUUCUUUUUCUUUUCUUCUUUUGCCUGAAAGAACUGCUGGGCUUUGAGAUGGAAGGAAGAACAGUGGUUUUCUCAAGGAUUACCCCACCUGCUCACACAUCAGAAACCUUACAAACCAGUCAGUGAUCCAUAGGUGGGACUGAGACUGGAUUGCAGGAUUCUGACCUAUGCCCACUCUCUAGCCAUUCUCUGCCCUAUGCCCACUCUCUAGCCAUUCUCUGCCCUAUGCCCACUCUCUAGCCAUUCUCUGCCCUAUGCCCACUCUCUAGCCAUUCUCUGCCCUAUGCCCACUCUCUAGCCAUUCUCUGCCCUAUGCCCACUCUCUAGCCAUUCUCUGCCCUAUGCCCACUCUCUAGCCAUUCUCUGCCCUAUGCCCACUCUCUAGCCAUUCUCUGACCUAUGCCCACUCUCUAGCCAUUCUGUGCCCUAUGCCCACUCUCUAGCCAUUCUCUGCCCUAUUCCCACGGUCUAGCCAUUCUCUGCCCUAUGCCCACUCUCUAGCCAUUCUCUGCCCUAUGCCCACUCUCUAGCCAUUCUCUGCCCUAUGCCCACUCUCUAGCCAUUCUCUGCCCUAUGCCCACUCUCUAGCCAUUCUCUGCCCUAUGCCCACUCUCUAGCCAUUCUCUGCCCUAUGCCCACUCUCUAGCCAUUCUCUGCCCAAGCCAGACAAGACUCUCUUUACUCAUUAUGACAAACAAAAAAAGAAGACAUUGUUUCCCCCCAAAAAAAGACUGUUUGGUGCUUUACUCCUCCUUCAUGUGUGAUAGAGUGAUGGGCACAGGCCAACCUGAGAGAGAGAGAGAGAAAGAGAGAUCAUCCACACAGAGAUAUCUGACUAAAAUAGUUUAUGAUUAUGGAAUACAAAACAUUUUAUAUCCAAAAGGUGGUGGCUUUUUCACUUCCUUCUUUCUUUGAUGUUAUCUUCAUUUAUUUUUUAGGAUUCAUAUUUCCAUGGUGAUAUAAUUCUGUUUCAAAGUGUAUUUUGUAAAAAUGCAUUGUUUCUUUUGUUUUUAGUGUUUACUAACUCUGCUUGUUCACACCAUUCCAAACUAGUAUUGGUGGCAAAGAAAGUGCAGUAUUGUCCCAAAAUUCCCCAUACCCCAGCCUACCAUGAAUACCUUUCUGUGUGUCUGGGUUUGCCAGUUUAGAUGGCAGGAGAUUGAGAAUAGCACUUAGGAUCGAGGGCCUCAGCUCCUGAGAACACUCACCAAUAAUCCCAACAUUAUCAUCCAUUUGUAUUAUUCAUUUUUAACUAACUUUCAUUCCUUUUUAUUUUAUCUUCUCGUAGUUAGUUGAGAAACAUCAGCUGUGAUACAAAGCAAUGCUUGAAAAAAGACAUUAUGGCAGUCAGAGAAUACCUCAUCCCACAAAUUUCUGCUCAGAAGUGUGUGCAAAAUGUUAAAGAAGUAAGGGGGGAUUGUUUGUGUGGGACACCAAAACGUGGCAACUCUGCUCAGUUUCAUUUCGGUUCUAUUGUUACUGUAGUUACUGUGUAGAAGCUGUCUGCAAUUCACUGUGUGAGUUGAACUCAAAGGAAUAGCACGUGAGAUUUCAAAUCUUUUGUUUUCAGUGAGCAUAAAAGCAUUACCUUCUCUGCAGUGCCAAAUUUAAACACAUUAUUUUUGAUGUAUUUUCUGCUUUUUCUCCCAUUUUAUUUUUGUUACAGGUAACCAAAGAAAUGUGUAGAAAACCAAAAACCCUGUAGUUUAUUUUUCCCCUUUUGAGUUUUUCCUCUAAAGAACUGGCCAAAAGACAAUAAACAUCUGACAUUUAAAUUAUUAUUGUAUUAUCGUAACUCUUACGUUGAAUUUGUUCAUGACAGUACUGAUCAUUCCAAAAACCAAAGUAUAAAAUGCUAAAUAGAAUUUGGUGAUGUUAAAAUCUUUUUACAUAUGUUAACUGGUACAAAUGACGACUAACAUUAGGCAUGCUAUGGUUGAAGGCCUAAAACACUAUUAACAAACAACACUUUUGCAGUUCCUUAGAUAAAGAAAGAAAGCACUUAGGAUUGAAAUCUCUAUCUCUCCAUGCUCAGGCUACCUGUGUUUCAAACACAACCCUAUGGCAGGCUCUGCUGUAGGCAAGCCUAAGAUGGGAUUCAGGGUUAAAGAUGACAAAUAAUUAUCUUACCCUCAUUAGGCACUUGAACACAACAUUUAUAUACCUUUAUGUGACACUAGAAGCCAGCAAAAAAAGAAGUGGGCUGUUGUCAGUUGUCCAUUAACUGGGAUACCGUGUAAAACAAAAAAUACAUUUUAUUGCACUGUAAUAAUGCAUGUUUUGAUUCAUUUCCUCAACCAAAACAAUAUUUUCAUUGUGAAACUCUAUACAUUCAAACAUCCCUUUGUGCUAUGCAGGAGAAUGUCAUUUUUCUGACCCGGCUCCCGGUUUGAUUGAAUUGGACCAAAAGUCCCAUUGUCUAGCAGUGAACAGUUUACUUAAUGUACUUUCUUUACUCCUCACCUACAGUAUAGUCUAGUAGACACAACAGUUUAACAAAUACCAAAAAGGACAGGUGUUAUAAUAAAUAGGAACAAAAUGAUAAUGUUUCGCUCUUAUAAUGUCUUCAUGCUCUCACAUUGCUAUAGAAACACGUUCAUAAUCCCCUAGUCUGUGAGUAGUUGUGAUAGAGACUGUUUGAACCUGGCUGCCAUUCCAAACAUCACAUCAGUAGACAAACGGAGGGUUUUUCAGAACAGACAUACCAUUAUAACCAUUUGUGAUAUUUACAGCAAAGAGAGAAGAACUGACAAAUGACAAAAUCAUACCAAUGUGAAAGGAGCACACCAAGGGACAUGUCAACUUAUGUCUUUUUUCUAAAACAACAUUUGGGAACAGUUUUGUCAAAUCAACUCUUGCACCAUUUUCUUUGUUUUUUAAUAAAGGAGUCUUUGUAUUGACUUCCUGUGUAAAACAGCACUGUUUCCUGUAUAAGUAGCGUUAUGAUGCUUCAUGUCAUCAGACUGAUUUCUAACAAACAAAGUGGGAGAGGGACACCGAGAGUAAAAACCAAAAAUAACACUACCUCCUUUUCAAAAUGGUUCACAAUAAAAGCAAAUGGGAGAUUGGAGACCAGAAAUAUGUCUGGGUUAAAAAAAUAAAAAAUCUUCCUCAAUAAUAAUAGUGAAAUAUACCAAAACACAGCUUACUGUUAAUACACAUUAAGUGGGGCUGAAAAAGCUUGUCUGGCUAUCUGAACUCCAAAUUCAUGAGCGUGAGCGCAAAAACAAAGAGACGUUACAACAACAUUACACCCCGUUAAAGAUAGACUACCUCUCCUAAAACACCAGUUAACUGGUGCGUUCUCCUAAUAGUGAAGAGUGAAGUGGUCACCAUGUUUGAAAGGUCUACUCUCAGCUGUGUAUUAUUGGCUCUCUCUGUACUGUCCAUUAUCAUAAAACUCCGCGAACAGCCUCUUAACUGGGUGCUCUAAUUGUAUGCACGCAUAUUUAUGAGCCGGCUUUGCCGGCAGCCAAUGAUAGUCCGGUCGUUAGCUGCGACUCAAUGGGGCAGGAUGCUGGUUGUCAGGAGUGAUGAUGGGCAGAAUGUAUGAGUGCCCUGCACCCGCCAUUGGGCCACACACACACUAGUGCCCGCCACACGCCAGCGGCCCACACUACACAUGAAUGGAGAGAACAGCUUUAAGAUGGCAGCGAUAAAGGAAACACACUCACCGGCUGUAGUCAGUGUUCAGUCGAAAGGGCCCUUAGUAUCAGUCAAUAAGCCUCAGAGCUGGGAAUUAAAGCCCUGUGACAUGGAGCUGGCCCUUCACGGUGAAUAGUGGCCCCUGUCACUAGGAGCCGGGCCCCUGUUGGCCCCUUGGUUCAGACAGUUGAGGAGAGGCUCUGAGUAACUAAAGAUACUAUCCAAAGACAAACACAGAGCUUGCUGGGAGACGGACAAUAAUAACAGCUUACAAAGGAAUGAAUGAUUACUACUACUAUUAUUGUUAUGAUCCAAACUCUCACGAAAGAGGCGCUGCUGCAUUCAGUAAAUAUAUGAUGUUUGAAUUCUCAUCCUUUAAGGUACACCUGUAAGCCAAGCUGUUUUAUCAAGAUGUAGAUUCACAUUCGUUGAUGAUGUUGACAGAUCGCCAUAGACACUUCUGUUCCUUCUCCGGUUUGGCUGUUAUGAUGUAUUAUUGUAUAUUAACACUUGGCUUAGCUCUCGAGGGCAUUCUUUACCAUUAUGUCUUUUUGAUUUUCUCUUUUGUUCAUUUAGAUUUUGUAAAGCUUCCAGCUUGGAUUCCUAUACUGUAUUGCUAAUGCUGAAGUGUAUGUAUUUAUCAUAUUAAGUGCUGCAGGUAUCUUUGUUGAAUAGUUAUUCCUUUCUUUUUUUUCUCGUUUUCUUCAUAAAACGUCUGGGACGAUGAUUUUUUAAGUGUAUUAUCUCAAAAAAAUAAAAGAAUUAAAGUUAGAUAAGUGGUUUAGGUAACAGCUGUUUGUAUAUUUAUCUUAGCUAGGUCUAUUUUGAUACCUUUUGUCUCUGUACUGCAUUUUUAAGGAAAGAAAAAGAAAAACAACAGUAAAACAAAAAGUUGACUUCAUUAUGUAUUGAUGAUACCUCAGAAGGACUUUUCUCUAAGACAGGACCAAAACCUCAGAAAAAAUUAGAGAAAGAGGAAAAUAAUUGAAGAAAAUAUGUAGCCCCUCUCUUGCUUUUAAAGAUGGACCAAUGUAAAGGUGAUGUUGUGGGUCCUUUAUGUGCCAAUAUGUGUCCUCUGACCCCUGACCACAGUCAUUCCUUUGAUGACCUUUAACUUACAGCGGUCAAUCACUCAAUAAGACAACUGGGCAUGGCCCUCAAUCAAACACCUGAUGGCAUUUGUCCAAUUAGAAUCCUAACCAAAGGUGUUGUGAGUGGCCAUGGCUUACAAGCUAACAGACCACCACAACCAUAACCACAACCGUAACCAAACCAACCCCAGGCACUAAUCUACCACAAGCUACUUCCCAUACCUCAAACCAUUCUUCGCUAUCACCAUCGCUAUCAUCUCUUGGACAAGCACUCUUCCUAUUGGAUCAUUAGUGACUCCAGGGACCUAAUUGGCCCCGCCCCUGCUCUAUGAUUGGACAGCUCUUAGGUGUCAUGUUGAGGAAAAGGGAACUUAAAGGACAGUUGCCCAUGUUAUCAUGAACUUCACAGCCCCCCCAAAAAAUGGAACUACCACUUCAGCUGUCCUCUGGUUGUAUCUUAGGAAUGUGUGUACAUUCAGCUGUCCUCUGGUUGUAUCUUAGGAAUGUGUGUACAUUCAGUGACUCUGUAACAUUAGUUUCUGUUUACCUCUUUUAUCUUUUUAUUUUGUUCUGUUUCUUCAUUUUCUGAAAGUGUGCCCCAGGGGAAUAGGUAAAGUAGGAGCAGGCGGUGGUUUUUAAGAUGGUCUAAAAGAGGUUUUAAAAAAGGCGACUUUGCCACUGAGACCUUUGCCCUUUCCCCCUUCCCUGGGUGGCCAUGUAAUGCCAGUCACUGCCCUUUCCCCCUUCCCUGGGUGGCCAUGUAAUGCCAGUCACUGCCCUUUCCCCCUUCCCUGGGUGGCCAUGUAAUGCCAGUCACUGCCCUUUCCCUCUUCCCUGGGUGGCCAUGUAAUGCCAGUCACUGCCCUUUCCCCCUUCCCUGGGUGGCCAUGUAAUGCCAGUCACUGCCCUUUCCCUCUUCCCUGGGUGGCCAUGUAAUGCCAGUCACUGCCCUUUCCCCCUUCCCUGGGUGGCCAUGUAAUGCCAGUCACUGUCCUUUCCUCAUGCUGUAUAAAACACACACAUAUAUCUGUGUAUUUGUAACCUGAAUCUUCUUGUGUCUGUCCAUGCAGACAAUAAAACAACUGUACAGUAGGUCUAGUUGCAUGUAAUCUGUACUAAUUAUUGACAAUGGCAUUAUAAAAUGCAAUAAAAUACGUAUUACACUGUC